CAUCCACACAAUGAGACAAAAGUUAGAGCUGCUGAAGCAAUACGACAGUGGGUGAGCUGUGUAUGCUGAACUCGCCCAAACCCACAAGGCUGUGCAGUAAGAUUGCUUCAGUGGUGCCCGUCUCUAAGAAGCACAGGGGUCAAGGAAGAUGGCCUGGACACAGUGGCCAGUUAGAGGGGAAGCAGAGAGCAGACACACCAUCAGGGCAGCCACUGGGUAUCUCCAGAACAUGGCAAGCAGUGGAUACCUGUAUCACCUGCUGGCUGAAGAUGGAGCCUGGGAGGAAUUUGUAUCUAAGGCUGAGUUGCCCAGGGAUAGGGCAGUGGCCCUGCACAAAGCCCUGAGGGAUCUGACAGAGCUCUUGGCUAUAGCAGACAGAGACAGACUUCAAAAAGGCCUGAAAGGCAGGGAGAAGUUUUUGAAAGCAUUUCCUUGCUUGAAAGCAGAGGUGGAGGGGCACAUCAGCCAGCUCCACACCCUGGCUGACCACACUGAGGAGCUACACAGGGGCUGCACCAUCUCCAACGUGGUGGCUGACUCCUUCAGUGCUGCCUCGGACAUUCUGGGCCUCCUUGGUCUCUUUCUGGCACCUGUGACAGCAGAGGGGAGUCUGAUACUCUCAGCAACUGGCUUGGGGCUGGGGGUAGCAGCUACUGUGACGAAUGCUGCUACUUCAGUCAUGGAGGAAUCAAGCAGGGCUUGGGAUGAAGUCAAAGCUGGUCUCCAUGCUUCGACUGGCAUGCAUGCGCUGGGUGAGGAUGGCACAAGUGUGGCUAGGAUUGCCAGCAAGGUCCCUCAGGUUACCAGAGAUAUCACCAGAGACCUGGAAGCCCUUGAGCAUCACAUGGAUGCCCUCAGGCUGAUUAAAGCCAACCCUCACUUAGAAGAAGAUGCCAAAAUCCUCAACACCACAGGAAGCAUCCCUGCCCAGCGGGCUAGGAAGGUGCGGACCAGUCUGAAAGGAACCCCUCUGGCAAUGAGCAAAGAAGCCCGGAUCCUCGGUGUCACCACCACAGGUGCCGCCCUCUUUCGUGAUGUGAACAGCCUUGUGAAAGAGUCAAAGCGUUUGUAUGAAGGGUGUGCGUCAGAGUCGGCUGAAGCCCUGAGGAAGCUGGCUCGAGAGCUGGAAGAGAAGCUGGAGGGGCUCAUCGAAUUCUACGAGACGAUCUGACCAGGCUCCAGUCAGUCACCCCAUCCCCAAGACAUGCAGAGGUUAGGGGAGAGGACCUGGACAGAGGUAGGGACGAUAGAGGCACUGUCAGAGAAGGCGAGACUACAGUGAGGUCUGAACACAGCAAGGUCAAGGGAGACCCACUGGAGCCUGAGUCGAGGGGCCAGAGGAUGUGCUGCAAGAGGGACUGGGAAGAUUGAACUCUGGACUAAACAAGGAAGAAGCCAGUUAAAAGAAAGACUAGAAAGAAAGCCCUUGCCAUCUGAGCUACUGGAAACAAGACCAGAGAGAAAGGUGUGUGCUCUGUAAACAAGUCGUGAGACCCCAGCCCUGUCCUUUAGAGCCUAUGCUUUCCCCCAGCUCCCCAGCCCACCAUCCUCAGGCAUGUCUUCAUCCCCUAAAUAAACUCACUCUAUUGUCACUCA